GCUUGGCCAUUGUGCUUCUCAUGUGUUGUUUGAAUCUUUUCUGCAUCUUGAUUUGCUAUUGGUGAGAGAUGUGAAAUAUGAAAGUUUCCAGAAAUUUAAUUUACGGAAUGAUUAGAGACUAGCUUUGAAUUGUUAAACGUACUUGUUACAUAUUAUGUAGAAAUUGAAGUAAUUAUGUCAGCCGGACAAGAAACUAUAAAUUAGUCAAAGAUAAUGAGAUAUUUUGGAUUUAAUAUAAAAAAAAAAAAAAGAAUAGCACAUUUGGAUUCACUAUUUACAGGAAUUUGCGUCAAUGUUUCAACUGGGCCUACCUUUGGAAACAUAAUAGUGGCAUAUUCUCUUUGAGUGUGUUCACAUUUGAUGCUGUAGCUAUUGUUUGUCAUAUACUGGUUACAUAUACUGGAGCUAAGAUAGCAAAUACUGGUUAUUGGCUGUGAGUUUUGACUUUUUGACACCUUUGGCCAGUGGGGUUCCUUGGUUUCUGAUUCAUUGUGGCCGCUCUAUGUUGGAAAUCCACCUUUAUUCAUAUAGGAAUCCUCUUAUUCCUUACAUGUAUAUGCACAAAGGUUUUUGGGUCCCAAAGGUGUCCCAAAUCUUGCUUAGGAUUAUGGAAUAUCGCACCAGACAACUAUAUAUUUGGACAAGAAGUUUAAUUAAGUAGAGCAUGUGUAAUCAUUGACCUUUCCAUGAUCAGGCUGGUACAUGUACCCUAAAGCCUCCUUAAAACAAAUUGUUCAAUAUAAAAUCAUUGUUUCAGGGCUCUGCUUAUACCUUAUGAGCUUGUUAAAUUGAAAUUGUUAUUGGAGAAAGGUGGAGGUGGGGUGGGUUGGUCCAUUUCAGCUCUCUUUUCCAAUUUCCAAUAGCUUGUGAAGAAGUGUGCCCGGCAUGCGUUCUUCUGAGAAAGUGGCUUUAAAAAGUCAUGCAUUUCAGUUCUACCCUUGAGUCAGAUGAAGAUGGAAACUAUCAUCCACUUCUUGAUUCAGAAUCUUCACAUUUAGAAACUGGUCUGAAAAAUGAGAGAAGAAACAAUGUAUGGCACAAGGAUGCUGCUAUAGGUGGAUCCCAAAAACACAAAGAAGCACAGGGUGUUUCAGCUCACAGAAAGAUUCACAUUAACAAGUAUGCUUUUGGUGGUGCUAUUUUGGCCCCCACAAACUCUGUUCUCUUGGGCUAUGAUAUUGGGGUGAUGAGUGGUGCUGUGCUCUACAUCAAGGACAACCUCAAGAUCUCAUCAACACAAGUGGAGAUCUUGGUGGGUUGCCUAAAUGUAUGUUCACUUAUUGGAUCACUUGCAUCGGGUAGAACUUCUGACUACAUUGGCAGACGUUAUACCAUUGUUCUGGCUGCAGCCACGUUCCUUGUUGGUGCACUUUUAAUGGGACUGGCACCAUCUUUCAUAUUUCUAAUGGCUGGAAGGGUAGUUGCUGGCAUUGGUGUUGGCUACUCCCUAAUGAUCGCUCCAGUCUAUACUGCAGAGCUCUCCCCAGCCACGACUCGAGGCUUCCUAUCCUCCCUCCCUGAAGUCUUCAUUAAUAUUGGAAUUCUACUCGGUUAUGUCUCCAACUAUGCUCUAUCGAGUCUUCCUGAGAACAUGAACUGGAGACUAAUGCUAGGACUUGCAGCUUUGCCAGCUAUAAUUGUUGCUUUUUGUGUCCUGGUGAUGCCUGAGUCCCCUCGUUGGCUUGUCAUGAAAGGCCGGUUUGGUGAUGCAAAGCAAGUCUUGAUAAAAACUUCAGACUCAAAGGAGGAAGCAGAAUUGAGAUUAGCUGAAAUGAUAAAAGCUGCCAAGGACUUGACCCCAGGAGCUGCUUCAAGCAAUUGGCGUGGGCAGGGUGCUUGGAGAGAGUUAUUGUGUAGACCUUCUCGCCCCAUUCGCCGUAUUCUCAUUGCUGCAAUUGGAGUUAACUUCUUCAUGCAGGCUUCAGGUAAUGAUGCUGUUGUGUAUUACAGCCCUGAAGUGUUCAAGGACGCUGGAAUCCAGAGCACGCGACAGCUUGUAGGGGUUACAGUGAUCAUGGGAAUAGCCAAAACAUUCUUUGUUUUGGUUUCAGCUCUUUUCUUGGACCGGUUUGGGAGGAGGCCCCUCUUGUUGUUGGGAUCAACUGGGAUGGCUGCUUCAUUGGCUGCCCUGGGUGUGGGCUCAAUGUAUCUCGAGCAGUCAGCUGACAAGCCCGUGUGGGCCAUUGCAUUGUGUAUAGUGGCAGUAUGUGCUGAUGUAUCCUUCUUUUCAAUUGGGCUUGGUCCAGUCACUUGGGUGUACUCGUCAGAGAUAUUUCCUAUGAGAUUAAGGGCCCAAGGUUCAAGCUUGGCAAUAUCAGUCAACAGGUUGGUUAGUGGGAUUGUUGCCAUGACAUUUCUAAGCAUUUCCAAGCUAAUCUCAUUUGGAGGAAUGUUCUUCUCACUAGCAGGAAUUAUGGUAGUGGGUACAGUUUUCUUUUAUUUCUUCUUGCCUGAAACUAAAGGCAAGACCUUGGAAGAGAUUGGGGUUCUCUUUGAAGAUAAAAUCUCUGAGAAUCAAAUACACUUUGUUUCUUAACUAAAAAAUGCAUGCAUUUUCAAUUCCUUUUGCCUUGCAAACUUGGAAAAUAAAAAGCCUAAAACUUGAGGGGACUUAUAUGAGUUGGAAUUUGAAUAAGCUGGUCAGGUCAGGAAUUGUUUUUGCCUUUGUAUGAAAUGAUAGGUAUGGGAGAUCAGUAAACUGUGGGAGAAUAGUCCAUUCUAUAAAUUGGAAUUCUCGUUUGCCAAUACCUUGAGCACAGCUUGUUUUGUGACUUGUGAGCGAGGAUCUAUGGUCCCAAAUCCCAAUAAACUAUUGCUUUUCCAUCCCCAUCUUGAAGCAUUAGCAUGUUAUCACCGAGCUACUUUUCACUUUUCAGUGAAUUCCGUUUGCAUGUCCAUGAUUUUUUAUUCAACUUUUCAGUGUCAGACAAAUACUUACACCUUUUAUAUUAAAAUUUUGUUG